AUGAGCUUGAAAGACGACUUCGAUGUGGACGCUGUCGCCCGUACCGGGCUGGAGAAGCUAGGCUACAAGCAGGAGAUGACCCGGAAAUUGAAUGUUUCCCAACAAGUGACGCUAGCGAUCAUGGCAGUCCCAUAUGGUCUUGCAGCUCCUAUAGCGACGUCGCUCGUUGCAGGUGGUCCAGUGGUGAUAAUAUGGGGAUGGAUCUUGGUGUCGGUCCUCACACAAACCCUCGCUCUGUCACUGGCUGAGAUAUGCUCCAAAUAUCCCACAUCCGCAGGGGCAUACUACUGGUGUUAUCGACUUGCAUCUCCACGCACGCGACUACUUGCCUCCUGGAUCAAUGGCUGGCUGACAGUCGUUGGCGUUUGGACGAUUGCUCUGAGUGUCACGUUUGUUGAGUCGUUUGAAGUGAUCUUGAUAUGCUUGUCCGCCAAGGCCGCGGCAGGGCGCCGUCCUAUUUCGUUCGCACUUGGAAAUUUCGAUCCGUCUUAUUCAGGAUGGACGCCUGGGUGGUCUUUCUUCAUUGGUCUAUUGCCGCCUGCAUAUACAUUCUCCGCUAUAGGCAUGAUCGCAAACAUGGCCGAAGAGGUUCAUAACCCUUCUGAAAUUCUUCCGAAGGCCAUGAUCUGGUCUAUACCCAUUGGCGCGUUAUCUGGUGUGGUAUUCCUUCUGCCGAUCCUUUUCACACUCCCAGAUGUUGCUAUACUGCUUCAAGUUUCUUCCGGUCAACCAAUCGGUGUGAUGUUUACUUUGAUCAUGGGCUCCAGGGCUGGUGGUUUUGGGUUGUGGUUCAUCAUAUUCGGUAUCGGUAUGUUUUGCGCAAUCUCCAUAUCUUGCGCCGCUUCUCGGGCAACAUGGGCGUUCGCACGUGACAAAGCUAUCCCAUUCCAUCAGUCCUUCUCCAAGAUCAGCCCUCACCUCGAUGACGUCCCUGUCAAUGCACUCCUGCUCUCCACCGUCAUCCAGAUUCUCCUUGGACUCAUCUACCUCGGCUCAUCAGCUGCGUUCAACGCCUUCGUGGGCGUCGCUGUCAUGUGCCUCGGAGCAUCCUACGCCAUGCCUGUCGCCAUCUUGCUCUUGAAUGGCCGGAAAGACAUGCACGAUGCCCCAUUCAACCUUGGCAGGUUCGGUACCGUGAUCAAUGCGGUCGCAGUGCUGUGGAUCAUGUUCGCCAUCGUGCUGUUCUCGAUGCCCGCAGGUCAUCCCAGUCACAAGAAUUAUGCUUCGGUAGUGUUUGUGGGAUUUGGGGUGAUUAGCGCAUUGUGGUAUUUGAUCAACGGCCGGUUCUACUAUACAGGACCACCAAUCACGGAAGAGUCCGCGGGUUCCUCGGACUUUAAUCGGUCAGACUCCCCAUCCUUCGAAGGAGAAUUGAAAAGCCGAAGGUCCUGUAUGUCAUAGUUCCCAGUCUAUUACAGCAUCAUGCACAACGUGUUUUACAAAAUGCCUUUGACUACCUUGCGCCAGCUUUAAUUGCAUUCAAACUCCUUCC